AUGCUCUCCACUUUGAUCCAAUCUGCACGCGAGUGCUCCAUCAAACGCGCUAUCUCUUUAUGUGCCAUCCUCGCCAUAGCAACUCCUGCGGCGAGCGCAGCCAUCACUGCCAAACAUACACUGGCUAUAGCUGGGUCGGGAGAGUUUGCACACUACCGAAUUGUUGCCCUGGCAAGCCUGGGCGAUGGUAUCCUCCUAGCCUCCUACGAUGGACGCCCUGAUGGAGGAGACUCCCCAUCCCCCAAUUCGAUUAUGCAACGGCGUAGUACGGACGGUGGCGCGACUUGGGGCCAGCCGACCUACAUUGCCAAGGGCCAGGCCAAGACAUCGUCCCUUCAACAGUACGGAUUCAGUGACCCAAGCUACGUGGUCGACUCCAAGACUGGAAAGGUUUUCAAUUUCCAUGUCUUCUCGAAGAACCAGGGAUUCGUCAACAGCGUGAUUGGAAAUGACGAUACCAACUUGAACAUCGUGAGCGCUCAAGUCUCCGUCUCAACCGAUAAAGGUGUUAGCUGGAGCACUGAUCCAAAAAAUCAACCUUCCUUGCCUCCUGUUGCAUCUUCUAAACUCGGUGCACCCCCACUCAUCACCAAAGCGAUCAAGCCGGUGGGUAGCACCGUCGAUGGGGUUGCCAAUGUGGGUGGAAUCACCGGACUGUUUGCCUCAUCUGGAGAGGGCAUUCAACUCAAAUAUGGCGCACACGCCGGCCGCCUGGUUCAACAAUUCCUCGGCAAAGUCAUCCAGCCAAACGGUUCGAAGGCCUCGCAAGCCUUCAGCGUCUACAGUGAUGACGGCGGUGCUACAUGGAAGAAGGGAAAUGUUGUUGGCACUGGAAUGGAUGAGAACAAAGUCGUGGAGCUGUCCAAUGGAAAUUUGAUGCUCAACUCCCGCGCGAGUGAUGGUAGCGGAUAUCGCAAGGUUGCUACCUCAACUGAUGGUGGUGUAAACUGGUCAGCCCCGGCAACAGAGACCCAGCUCCCUGAUCCUGGUAACAACGGUGCGAUCGCAAGAGCGUAUCCUGAUGCGGCACAGGGUUCGGCCAAUGCCAAGAUCCUCCUGUUCACCAACACAAACAGCAAGACUAGCCGGAGCAAUGGCACAAUUCGCUAUUCUUGUGAUGAUGGAAAAACUUGGUCUGCUGGUUCGGUCUUCCAGGCUGGCGCAAUGUCUUAUUCCACUGUCACUGCGCUCGGUAAUGACAAGUUUGGAAUCUUUUAUGAGGGCGGUAACAACGACCUUGUCUAUAUUGAAGUUUCCAAGGCAUUUAUUGGUAUUUCUUGCUGA